AUGCCGUUGCUGAGGGUCACGACUUCAGUUUCGCAUGAUACAGCGGCUGCUUACAUGUACGUGGCACUAGGCGAUACAGCAGUGGCCUUACUCAAAGCUGGGGCCGAGUGCGACAAGAGAGACAACGACGGCUACCUAGCUUUAGACCUGGCUCCAGACAAGGAGGUCUCUGAAGAUAGCAGUCUUCACCCCAUUGGAUAG